AUGACCAAGGUUAACGCAAUGGUCGCGAGCUCUCGACGCAAGUCCCGAAAGGCGCACUUCAGUGCGCCGAGUAGUGUGCGUCGGGUCAUCAUGAGCGCGCCUUUGAGUAAGGAGCUCCGCGAGAAGCACGGAGUGCGCAGCAUUCCCGUCCGCAAGGAUGACGAGGUCAUGGUCGUCCGCGGCUCCAACAAGGGACGUGAGGGCAAGAUCUCCUCCGUCUACCGCCUCAAGUACUGCCUCCACGUCAACGGCAUUGUUCGCGAGAAGAGCAACGGCCAGUCCGUCCCCAUCCCCAUCGCUGCCUCCAAGGUCGUCGUCACCAAGCUCAAGCUCGACAAGGACCGUGAGCAAAUCCUGGAGCGCAAGUCCGCCGGUCGCGAGGAGAAGAAGAAGCAGAGGGAGCAAUAA